AUGAGGGUUUGGGACAUUAUGACAGAGCAAAAACCACUGCCUAGGGCGUUCUCUGACGUGUUUAGAGACGAUGAGAGGAUCAACGUUUAUAGCUACAUAAGAUUUUCAUCCAAAGCCCAAGCAUUGGGCUUUGGCGAGGUUCGACAACUCGAACAAAUCAGUCGAUUUUUCGAGCAAUAUCCGAUCGCUCGGCUUGUUGAGAAAUUCGAGGAUUUGGGAGUUUCGGCAUUUAAAGGAAAAAAUCUAAAAUCGGGACAAUUAGCUAAAUUCGUUGAACGGAUUAAGUCAAAAGAAAUUUUGCCGAACUCUCUGCUUUUAGUUGAAAGUUUUGACAGAAUUUCGAGAAUGGGGGGUUAUGACGCUCUUGAAUUAAUUAUCUCAAUCAUUCAAUCAGAUUGUGCAAUUUAUACGCUGUUUGAUAAUCGACUUUAUUCGAAACGAAAAAAAGAUAGUAGCGUUGAUAUUAGUCUUAUUCAAAAUAUUCUUGAACGUGCAAAUGAUGAAAGUAAAGCAAAAUCAGAACGAAUUUCUGACGCAAAAAAACGUAAUAGAGACAAAGGAGAAAAUGGCGGAAUUAUCACUAAACAAUGUCCAUUUUGGAUCUCGUUUGUAGAUGAUAAAUUCGUUCUUAAUGAACAUUCAAAUGCUGUAAAGCAAAUGACAGAAUUAUGUUAUGAAAUGGGAUUUCAGUCAAUUGCACAGCAGUUGAAUAAAGAAAAUCACGCAAGAAAAUAUACAAGCAGUACAGUCAGUAAGGUUUUGCAUAAACACGCUAUUUACGGCUCUUUUCUUGCUCUGAAACUUGACGAAAAUGGAGUUAGAAACGUCUUUAACAAAGAGAUAAAAAACUAUUAUCCUUCUGUAAUUAGCGAAGCAGAAUUUCAUAGAAUUAGUUCGAAACUUCAAGAGAGAUUAGACCCUAAAUUUUCGGGAAGAAAAGCGGAAGAGUUUCGAAAUAUUUUUCGAGGUAUUGCGUACUGUAAAUGUGGCUCAACACUUCGCUUUCACAAGCAGAAAAAUCAUUAUAUUGAUUUAGUUUGUCACGCAUCUACUGUUGAUAAUUGUGAGUUUGCAAAGGAGAAAAAAGGAACAAGAUACAGAUAUGCAUUGAUUGAAAUGCUUUUUAUGAUGUAUCACAAGCAAAUUCCGUUCGAGCAAAUUAUCGUAAAAUCUGACGAUAUUAAAUCGCUGGAAAAAGAGCAGAAAGAAAAUGACGGGUCAAUUAUUGCGAAAGAAAAAGCGCUUGCUAAUAACUUUUCAAUUCUUGAAAAGUCGUCUGAAAAUGCACAAAAAUACAUUUUGCAAAGAAUUGACGAA